AUGGCGCCAAACCAGAAGGGGUCUAGCGGGAAACUUGGGCGGACUGGGUUGGCUGGAAUGGAGAAUAACAACAACAGAGCGACCAGCUCCCACUGCUGUCCGGUUCCAGCGCUGUUGUUAGUUGUUACCAACCAGCAGUUGAGGGCACAAAAUAGGCGCACUCUCCCUCCGUACAAUUUUGAUCCCCCAACCAAAUCUUUCCAAAGUCUCCCGCCCUUUGCCCCAAAACCGAAAACCAAUCAGCCAAGCCGAAAGCCUGAUCCUGACAAGCUCUGGCCUGACCACGAUCCUCCCUUCUCGACUUUGCAGCAAAAAGCACAUUUUCUCACCCACGGACUCCCUCGCAUCCACCAACCCCCUCCCUCUGCCGCUGGGCCCCUUCUUGACUCUGCUUGUGCCUGUGCCUAA